CGUGCUGAGCAAAAAACGAAAAACAAUUUUCGACGAAUUUAUUUUUGGACUUUUUGAAGAGUUUCGGUGUGGAAAUAACAAUUUUCGCUUUGGUGGAUUUUAGAUGUCGUCGUGCUAAUAAAGCUUCCUCAAUCAAGUUCAAAUGUGUUAGAAAAUUUCCAAAAUUUUCGUGGCAGAGUUUAACUCAAAUUCAAGAUGGCUGACAUGUCAACCAAUGGAGAGCCGUGUGUGCUAAAUCAUUUUAUUGAAAAUUUUAUUAUCCAAGAAAGUAGCUGGCCGUUUACCGUAAAAGGGCAAACAUAUGAAUUUGGAAAGUUGCCAACAGAUGAACCCGAUAUUAUGGGCACCCCAUUCUUUGAAACAGAAAAUGAAGUUUUUACAGACUUUGCAACAAGUGAGGAAGAAUCAAGCGAAGGUUCAUUUGACUUGGACAAUUGUUCAUACUGUGGCAGAGCAUGCACCUCCAUGGCACGAAGUUUUGAAUCAAAGAAGUUCUGUUCAAAUACAUGUGCUAGACUGUUUGGCAUACCUGUGCCCAAGCGGGGAGGCUAUUCUGGCAGCGGAAUUGGUGGUCGGGGGAGGGGAGGGUGGAAACAUUAUCUCAACAGAAAACCUAGUGUUACCCAAUCCAGAAAAAUGGCCAGAUCGUACAGCAAUCAAUCAUACGAAGCCUCCACGCAAGUGGACGAGACGAUUUUGAGAGAAGCGUUUGACGGCAGAAGUGACAAUGAACUUGACUGUUUAUGGCAGUUUGAAUACGUUCCAGCUGCCAAAUGGAACGUCAAAGAAGUGGCCGCUUUUGUUAGAGAUGUUAGCGGAUGCAGUGAAUAUGCCGAAAGCUUUGUCUCUCAAGAAAUCGAUGGUUACGCUUUGAUGUUGGUGAAAGAAGAGCACCUGGUCGUGGGCUUGCAGAUGAAACUCGGUCCAGCUUUGAAACUGGUUGGUCGGGUGAAUCAAAUGAAGACAGAAGCCUUACAAAACAUGAACUUUAAUAACGGGUUUCGAAUGGGAUAGGGGGGGAGAAGCCCUAGUUUUAUAUAUGAGGAAAAGUCAACCCCCCUUUUGAAUAGUUACCCCUCCGAAAAGUUCAAUUUGAAAGUUAACUCGAAAGACCAAAUUAGUUUUUUGACACGAAUGCUUGGUUUAACAAGGGUAAUCGUAUCGUGUCGCGCAGACGCGCACUACGCACGGUCAAUGAAAAUCGCGUUUCUAAAACGGGGUCAUUGCGAUAUCGGUAAACGUGUAUUACAUAAAACUUCAAGAUUUCACAAAUACGAUAAGUACUAUGUAUCCCAAAUACCGUAUUUUUUCAACAUAUCGCAUAAGUUCGAAGACGGUUUUCAUUGUAAUUUUGCGACACGAAUUGGAAUAUUCAACGCCGGCAUCACGUGUCGUUUGAAACCUUCAUGGUCAAUAAUUAUGAUGACGCCAUGUUGACGAGAAGAGGUAGCAUGCAUUUGAGAAGGGUGUUGCGUUUAACAUCUUCCUAUUUCUCUAGUGGUGUGGUGAUAUGAACCUUUGAGGGUGGUUGAAAUUAUUUAAUUUUAAUUUCAUAUUGUUAGAAUGUUGUACAUAUAAUUAUAUAU